AUGGUGGCAUGGAUACGCAGUCUGUUUGCAGUAAGGUCGCUGGAGUUAUUUGCGUUGGAGGCCGAGCUCGCUCCAGAAGAUGCACUUGAAUUCUUGCUGUGUAACGAAGCAUUAGAAGACUGGAGUAACUGGGGAGGUUGCGGAGCGUGGGCGAUAUCUGUGAACGCGUUUCUUCCCAUGGCCUCGGUGGUCAUUCUCGACAUCGAUGAUGGAAAGGGUUCAAGACGCGAACGUUGA